UGUCAUUAACGAGCUCACAGCCCCACAUGCCGGACGAGCAGCCGGAGAGAGACGGACCAACGCACUCAACACCCAUCAUGGCGCUGCGCGAGGAGCUGCAGAGACGACAGUUCUGGCGUGGGGUGCUGGCAGAGACCCUCGGUUCACUCAUUUUCGUGUCGGCGGUGUUGGGCGCUUCGGUACCGGGCCCCGGCGAUGUUGCUCAAGGGCCCCUGUACCCUGCCCUGGCUGCAGGGAUGGUGGCAGUGAGCCUGGGGCACUGUUUUGGGGAGAUGAGUGGAGCCCAGGUGAACCCUGCUGUUACACUGGCCUUCCUGGCCACCCGCCGGCUGGACCUGCUGAGGGCCGUAGCCUACAUCCUGGGCCAGUGUCUGGGGGCCACCCUGGGGGCUGGAAUCCUCUACCUGGCCCUACCACUCAAAUCUGCUGCCAAAUGCUAUGUCAGCAAGGUGUCCUCGGAGGGUAAUGCUGGCCAGGCUCUUGGCAUGGAGGUGCUGGCCACCUUCCAGCUGGUCUUCACCAUUUUCUCUGUGGAGGAGCAGCGGCGGCGGGAGGGGUCUGAGCCCGGUAACCUGGCCAUCGGGUUCUCCCUGAGCGCCGGAAUUCUAACCGCGGGCCUUUUCUCUGGGGGCAGCCUGAAUCCUGCUCGUUCCCUGGGUCCCGCCAUCAUCACAGGAAUCUGGGAGCACCACUGGGUCUACUGGAUUGGGCCAGUGCUGGGGGCCAUCCUUGCCGGGGUGUCCCACGAGUUCUUCUUCGCGGCCAGUGCCUCUCGGCAGAAGCUUGUGGCCUGCCUUACCUGCAAGGACAUUGAGAUCAUCGAGACGGCCAGCGUCUCCCGAUCCUCACUGUCCACCGUCACUCAGACUGCCAUGAGGGCCAAACAGGCCCACAAACACGACCACAACUAAGACCAGCGUGAGGGCAGACCCAUACUGGUGAGAAAAGAUAGACACCCCAUAAUUAUACCAGUAUCAAAUCUUGGACAAAUACGUAUUUGAUUUGGAUUCAAAUACUUUUCUGUGCUCUAUAGAUCUUGCCUGGUAUAAUUGAGCCUGCCAGUAUGACCAGAAGGCAGGGUUUGCACAUUUUGAGAGCAUUCCAUUGGUGCCAAUACACCAGACAAGAUCAGUAAAGCGUAGAAAAGUAUAUGUAUUUGACCCAGGUCUGACCAGUAUUCAUCAAAUACUAAUCAUUCGAAAGAAAGCAUGCAGCCAUACACUGUUCUGUACCAACCAAAGUAACAUGCACAAUGUCAUGUAGGACAAAAAAAAAGCUGAGGCCUUACCAUAGGCUUACCAUAGCUAUGGUGUUACCGUAAGCUUUCCUCCAUAACCAUUAACUAUGGCAGUUCACCACUGGUGAGGGUAUACUGUGAAACGUCUUGUGACAAAUUUCUUAUAAAAUGCACAGUGUAAAUAAGAUUUGAUUAAUUCAUUGAUUGACCACUCUACCCAAACUGCUCCUCUGACUUAACCUGUCAUGUAUAUGUGGAAAACUAAGGUAUUGCCUAUUGCCGGAGAUAACGAUUCCUGUGGAGAAAUCCA